AUGGUAACGCCAUGCGCAUCGGCGCAGAUGUUAACUUGUGGUAAUGAGUGGCAAUGGAUGUGCAAUAACGGCGAAUGUAUCGCACAGUAUGAUCUGUGCAAUGGUAUUGAACAAUGUACUGAUGGAUCUGAUGAAAUUGAUUGUGACAAAAGGCAAUGGCAGAAUAAGUAUAUUAAUGUGCCACGUGAAGAACAGAUGAAGUCAGCGAUACAAACUGGGAUGGAUGAGAUUAAUCCAACUAAUAGUACUACUACGUCUCGAUCUAUGGAAUUUAAUGGAUGGCUUAUCGCUCUCACUUCCGUACUGGUCAUCAUACUAUUAAUAGUAAUUGUACUGCGAUGUCGACAACGGCGAAACAGUCUGGUUCGGAAUAAUCGGGCAUAUGGUGUAAGGAAAAGUUUAAAUAUGGGACAAAAUAAUGGCGAUGAUGAGGAUGAUUUACUGAUAGGUUCACUUUAUUCCUAA